AUGAAGGCAAUAAUCGCAGUACCAGUCAUUGUGGCCAUGCUGUGCCGUUCCUGGUCCCAUAAAUCUUUGACUCCCGCAGGCAUCGUAGCAGCACUUCUCACAGCUAUCGCCCACGCCGUACAUCCGUGGAGUUUGCCUUUUGCGCUGCUCAUUGUCUUCUUUCUGGCUGGCACAAGAGUUACGAAGAUAAAGCACGAUGAGAAGGCAAAAUUGACCAUGAACGCGUCGGGAAGCUCUGGUGGGGAAGGGGCCAGAACCCAUAUUCAGGUAUUUGCCAACUCCGCCGUUGCCUCUGUCCUUACCCUUCUCCACGCCUACCAGCUCCACCGACGCGGACAAGACAUCAACCCCGCUACUGGCGCCGACGAGACGUGUUAUUCGUUGCCAGGAGACCUCUUGGUGGUGGGAAUCGUCGCAAACUAUGCCGCCGUAGCAGCAGAUACAUUCAGCUCAGAGCUCGGAAUCCUAUCGAAGUCCAAACCCCGCCUCAUCACAUCCUGGAAUUUACGAGAGGUGCCCCCGGGAACAAACGGCGGAGUCACAGCAUACGGUAUUAUGGCAGGGUUCUUGGGAUCAUUGGUCAUCGUGACAGCAUCUACGGCCUUGAUACCUUUCUGUGCGCCAACGCUGGGUUGGAAUUUCAGAUCGCGCCAACGUUUCUGCACGGCUAUGGCAUUAUGGGGUACCCUUGGAAGUGUACUCGAUAGCUUCCUCGGAGGCUGGCUGCAACAGAGCGUGGUUGAUACCAGAAGCGGGCGAGUCGUUGAAGGUGAGGGUGGACAGAGAGUUCUUGUCUCGAAAGCUGGACCCAAUAGUAUGCACUACAAGAAACAGGCAGAGGUCACGGCGGCCUUACUGGGCGGAGAAGGAAAAGGCUCGGUUCCGUUACAUCCCAAUAACGAAGAGGCUGAAGCUUUGGAGAAAGUUUUGAAUGGGAGGAUGGGAGUUACGGAUAAAUAUGAUACAAAAAACCAGAUUCGGCAGCCGACCAUCAGGGAUGAGAAACCGAGUCGAUAUGUUGAGAGUGGCUCCGUCGGGUUGCUUGAUAACAACCAGGUCAACUUCCUAAUGGCGUUAACCAUGAGUUUAGGUGGGAUAGCAGUAGCGGGAUGGUUUUGGGAUGUUCCAUUCAGCAGUAUAUUAUCAGUGUAA